CGCGCGGGGCCGGCGCUCGGCCCGCCCGGGGCCGCCCCGCUGAGGAGCGGGGGAGCCGCGAUCGCCGCGGUUUUGGCCACAUUUAGGGAGAAGAUGACCCCUCCUCCUACUCCUCCUCUGUGUCCCUCCACGAUCAUGCUUUGGAAUCUGGGGUGAAAGGCACAGUUUCACCUCCUCCGCGAUCGCCGCGGUACCGCCCGGAGUCAGGGCUCGGCAUGAGAGGAGCGGACAGCUCGUGGGCUGUCUGUAAGAACUUCAGGCCUUCUCCAGAGACAACACAAAGAUCACCUGUGAUCCCAGCAACCAUUGCCACUGUGGGAUGCAGAGCACGAGGCUGUGUAGCUGCAAUAGUGAGCCACAGCUGCAGGGAGUAAGGACACUGUGCAGGGUAAUUUGAGAUUUGGAACUGAUGUGGAAAACACUCAGAAUGGAAGGCAAACUGCCAUGUCUCCUUCUGCUGGUGGGAGCAGUCAUGACUGCCCAGUGCCAGGGCUCACACAUUCGUUUCAAACGAGGAGCCAGAUCUAGAGCCAUUUGCACAGAUAAUUCAUCUGCAGAAAUUUACCAGCACAGGGGGACCUGGCUGAGGCUUUCAGGGAGCAGAAUAGAAUACUGCAGGUGUGACAGUGGUCGGAGUCAUUGCCACACUGUGCCUGUCAGAGUCUGCACUAGAAAUAAAUGCUACAAUGGGGGCCAAUGUUCACAGGCAUAUUAUUCCCCACAGCUCUUCAUCUGCCAGUGCCACCAAGGUUUCUCAGGGAAGCAGUGUGAAAUAGAUACUGAAGUUAAAUGCUACAAAGACACUGGAGUAACAUAUAGGGGGACCUGGAACAGGACAGAGAGUGGAACUGAGUGUUUGAAUUGGAAUAGUGAUGGCCUGGUGAGCUGGAUGUACAGUGGCCAAAGAGAGGAUGCUGCUGAGCUGGGACUGGGCAAUCACAACUAUUGCAGAAACCCAGAUGAGGAUUCCAGACCUUGGUGCUACAUCUACAAAGGGGGAAGGUACACCUGGGAGCACUGCAGUGUGCCCUCCUGUUCCAAAGUUAGGAACAUCAACUGCAGCUCGGGAAGAGGCACAGAUUACCGUGGCAGCCACAGUGUUACCAGUUCUGGAGCUGCCUGUUUGAAGUGGAGUUCUCUAAUCCUUCUCAACAAGGUCUACACUGCUUGGAGAAGAGAUGCUUACCGCCUGGGCCUUGGUAGUCACAAUUUCUGCAGGAAUCCUGAUAAUGACAGCAAGCCCUGGUGCCAUGUCCUGAAAGGAAAUCAGCUGACAUGGGAGUACUGCAAUGUGCCUGACUGCUCCACCUGCGGCUUACGGCAGCGCCGAGCGCGGCAGCUGAGGAUUCGAGGUGGCUCCUCUGCAGACAUUGCAGCUCACCCAUGGCAAGCUGCCAUCUUCGUGAAGUAUCACCGAGUGCCUGGAGAGCACUUCCUCUGUGGAGGAAUUCUGAUCAGCUCCUGCUGGGUUCUGUCAGCUGCUCACUGUUUUGAGGAAGGCUUUAGUACAAACCAGCUGAAGAUUGUGCUGGGCAGGACUUCCCGAGCAACUCCUGAGGAGAGCGAACAGAAGUUUCAAGUGAAGAACUACAUUGUGCACCAGAGAUUUGACUCAGAAAAUUUCAACAAUGAUAUCGCUCUGUUGCAGUUGAGCUCAGAUGCAGAAGAGUGUGCUGUGGAAACGGGCACUGUGCGCUCAGCCUGCCUCCCCAUGCCAGAGCUGCAGCUGCCUGACUGGACUGAGUGUGAGAUCUCUGGCUAUGGCAAAAGUGAGGAAUUUUCUCCAUUCUACUCAGAGCACCUGAAGGAAGGCCAUGUCAGAUUGUUCCCAGCCAGUCGGUGCACAGCACAGUAUCUGGACAACAGGACAGUUACAGACAACAUGCUAUGUGCAGGAGACACAAGGCACCUUGAUGAUGCCUGCAAGGGCGACUCUGGAGGGCCUCUGGUGUGCAUGAAGGACGAGCGCAUGUAUCUGGUGGGGAUCAUCAGCUGGGGCAUUGGCUGUGGCCGCAGAGACAUCCCCGGGGUUUAUACGAAAGUGAUUCGCUAUCUUGACUGGAUUCAGGACACCAUGAAACUCUGAGAAAGGAAAAUGAACCCUUUCCAGGCUUGUGGCCAUGCCCUCACAGCUUCCUUCUUUCCUGUUUGUCCAGAUGUUUGUGACUUCUAUACAACAGACAAGCUGCAAUGUGUGGGAAGGGCAUGUUCUCAUAAUACUCUAUCACAGGUUAUUAGCAGCUAAUCAUCCUCUUCCCCAACAUCACCCAACUUCCACUUGCAUCAAAUCACAUCAGUACAAUAAAAACUCAAUUCUGGCCCCGAGUGAAUAAACCAAGAGAGAUCAUGAA